GCAAAGUUCGGCGCCCACAGCCGUCUAUAUAGCGCGCGGGCGGCGCAGCCAGCUGCAACGCACUCAGCGCUCCCCACGACCACACGACCGCAGAAGCCGCCACCGCAAGCGCCAUGAAGACUCUGCUGGCUCUCCUGAUGUUGGCCGUCGCCUGCCAGGCGCGACCAGAUGCUGGCCAGGUGAACAUCGCAGAGACGGUGGAGCAACUGAACCACACGAUCGUCAACGCCGCCCAUGAGCUCCGCGAGACACUGGGCCUGCCAACGCAAGACGAGGCCCUCAACCUGCUCACCGAGCAGGCUAAUGCCUUCAAGACCAAGAUCGCCGAGGUCACCUCCACACUCAAGCAGGAGGCCGAGAAGCACCAGGGCGCUGUGUCGGAACAGCUCAACACCUUCGUUCGUAACCUGAACAACAGCAUCCACGACGCCGCCACGUCCAUCAACCUGGAAGAACAGCUCAACUCUCUCCAGUCGACACUCAACAACGUUGGACACCAGUGGCAGGACAUCGCGAGCAAGACGCAGGCGGCGGCGCAGGACGCGUGGGGUCCGGUGCAGUCGGCGCUGCAGGAGGCCGCCGAGAAGACGAAGCAGGCAGCGGCCAACCUGCAGAACUCCAUCCAGUCGGCCGUCCAGAAGCCUGCCAACUGAGCCACGCUGCCGGAAGCGCCGUCUGUCCCCUCUACCACCUUCCUCUCUGCCUGUCUUAGCCAAUAAAUUACAUGUACAGUUUAUCGUAAAAUACAACUUUUUCCUCUCUAUUUA